AUGAAACUAUUGGAAAGUACUAGAUUUGAAGCAAUAAACAGUGCUUUGUUUAUCAAAACCGGUGACUGCAAAAUCAUCGGAAGAAUUGAAAGUUAUUCUUGUAAAAUGGCUGGAAAUGAUAAGCAAAUGUAUAAAAGAUUUAAUUCUGAGCAAGGAGUUACACCACACGACCUUCAAGCUUUAUCUCCACCACAAACAUCUCUUGGCACGUCACCAGCCCAAUCUUAUUUCAGUAAAAGUAUCUCUGGAGAUGAAGAAGGACCUUUAUGUGACACAAUUAGCCGAAAAACUUUAUUUUAUUUAAUUGCAACUUUAAAUUCAACAUUCUGUCCUGAUUACGAUUUUUCCGAUGCUAAAAGUCACGAAUUCAGUAAGGAACCCAGUUUGCAAUGGGUCAUGAAUGCAGUUGAUAGUAAUCUUAGUGCUACUGCUGGUGAUCAUUACCGCAAUUUAAGAUCUGCAUUGUGGGCUGCAAUUGAAGACGAAAUAUCAAUGAGCGAAUGUGAUAUUUAUAGCUAUAAUCCGGAUUUGGCGUCAGAUCCUUUUGGAGAAGAUGGUUGUUUAUGGUCAUUCAACUAUUUUUUUUACAAUAAAAAAUUGAAACGCAUCGUAUUCUUUAAUUGUAGAGCAAUAAAUCCUCUGUACGUUUUAGAUUCUGGAGUUGGUAGUGAUUUUGCUAUGGAUGAAGAUGAUGAUGACAUUGACAACGAUCGUUAUUAA